GAGAGCUGUAGUUUCUGCCUCUCUAUCCCGUAAUUGAAUUUUUAGUAAUUUUACCGUUUUUUGUGAGUGUGUUCCACGUGAAGUAAGGUUGUCUUGUUAUGCAGAUUACAGAUGCAUGGCCAUCUAAAAGAGUGAACACGAUGAAGUACCCAUCUAGAUUGUUAGUGGGAUGUAUUUGCCUUAGUCUGAUGUUUGUGACUACAUCCUUGGUCCAAGCAAACAUCGUGUCUUCAUAUCUUGACCCAUCAAAAGACUGCGGAUGGACUUAUGACAACUACAUAACUUUUGGUGUUCUGAGAAUGGCAAAUCCUCCCUCCCACAACGGCUCCAAUGUCUCGUGCGUUUUCAAUUUAUCCACAACUCCUGGAAGUUACUUUAAGCUCACCAUUAACAAUUUUUCUCUGGGUGGCUCUGAUGUUUGCGGAGAAAACUCAGAGAAAGUGUCGGUGGAGUUUGACCAAGACCCACGAGUUCCCCAGCACUGGCCAGACAGGAUCAGCUGGUGCGGGAAGAAGAGGCCGGACGUCAUGUGGCUUCCAAGCACCGUCAAGAUUGUAUACAACACCGGCCUGAACGGGCGAGGAGAGGGGUUUGAGAUGACUUUUGAAGUUAUUUCUAAAGACAGACAAGAUUUCUGUGAUGGGUUCUCACGAUUACAGAUCGACAAGAAACAUGGAAAACUGCUGUAUGCACCAGGUUACCCGUUUGAGAUGAUAACUCCCCUGAAAUGUAACUGGACUCUCACCACUUCUUCUGGAUAUGGGAUGGUGGUUCGGGUCUUGGCCCUUGGUGCUAAGACAGACUAUAGAAGUUGUUUCAAGGAUUACCUUAAAGUAGGAGCCAAGAAGUUUUGCGAUUUUGUUACGUUUGGGACUGAAAAUAUUUACAUUAAAGAGAUGUCUACAACAGUAGAGUUGAGCAUUUCUAAAUUUGGAUUUGAAUCUGGCUCUCAACAAGAGAUGGUACUUGACGUUUCAUCUGUACUGAAAUCGUCACGCUGCAGUGAUGUGUACCACUACUUUUCUGACAUUGUCCUGACAGAAGCUGUUGUUUUAGAAAUGGAUAAGCAAAGUAGGAAAACCUCCUGUGAAGUGAGGUUUGAUUCAGGAUCUGAUGAUAAAGUCAUUGAAUAUAAUUUGCUAGCCCCUAGUACUAUGAUAUCACUUUUGUGUAAACGUCGGUUUUUCUCGCCUUCGAUGAUUUUCUAUCUUGAAGAUGACGAUGGUACUGUUUUUAAUGUAUGCUCCUUCUCUAUGAAAGUGUUUCGUAGUUCCGGUCGACGGUUAGUUUUCACUUUAAGACGUUACCGGACAUAUAGUUUUGCAGACAUAAUUGCUUCUUUUCAAGCUGUGGACAAGUUUCCUCUUCCAAGACUCCUAUUGUCUUCUCUGUCAUCAGCUGUACACAUUCCUCAAGCUUUUUUGGCUUCCGAGAGAGAGCGAGAGAGAGAGAUACAUUUGCAAUUAGGGCUGACUCCUUACAUCAUUGAAAAUAGUCGUGAUGCUGUCACUGCUAUUAAGAUUUUCAACAACAACUGGACCGAGGAACUCACUCCUGCUAAUAUGUUAAAAAUGUUCAACGGUCCAAAUGUUGACUAUUUUGAACUGACCAAAGACUGUAAUGGUGACCCUCGAAGUGAAAAGACUCUCUACAGUAAAGGAACCUGGCUGGUUACGGUACAGAUAUUAGCUGAUCUCAUCAUGCCUGAUGGCUUUUGGCUUGUGGUUUUGCCUGUGAAAUUCAAACCGUUAUACACAAACUCGUUGAAAAACAAUGUAAUUGAGUUGAAAAAACAUGCCCUGCCUUUUGGAAAGAACCUCCAUUGUUUUUGGAAAGUGUCCAACAGUUCAAAUACAUCUAUUCAAAGUGUGAAGCUGGUGAGGAGUGAUGAUGGUGUGCAAUACGAAAUUUCUGAGCUUUUGGCUAGUGGCAAGAGACGAAACCCUCCUCUCAUAGCAGCCCCUUCACACAAUGAAUCACAAUCCUACUGGAUCUAUUCAUUGCAUAACAUUGAAGUAUAUGUCAGAAUAUUGCCAGAUCCCACGCAGACAACAAGAAAUGAAUAUUUUCUUGCUCAAUAUAAAGUCAUAACAUCUCCAGCUUCUGUUGCAGAGACAUCCUCUUGUCUUGGCACAGAGCUCCAUGCUGAACAAGCAACAAAGACGGCAUCUUCCCCCAGCUACCCUAACUAUAUCAUGACAGAUCUUCAAUGUGAAUGGCGUAUUAAGAAGCGUAACACACAUCCAGGAAUUUCUGUUGCUUUUAGAGAGCUGCCACAAUGUGAAAAGUCUUCUUCAGAUGUUUACAUAAAAGUAAAUAGUCAAAACUUGUGUGGAAAGGAAGUGUUUUUUCGAACGUAUGAGAGCGAUGAGGUGAAAGUAGAGCUAUCUUCCGGUCACAGCCUUGGCAGUUUGCCUGGAUUUUCAUAUACAUAUCGAUCGGUGUAUCCGUCUGUUUUCAGAAGUUGUAACGAAACCUUUCGGCUCAGUAGUUCUGCACCUAUGAAAAGGAUAGUUGAACAUUUAAAGCCGGAAUUCUUUAGUGGCAGUUUGUCUUGUUGGUGGCGCAUCACUGCCCCAUCGCCUGAUUCCUUAUUCAGAAUGGAAAUCCACAACCUCUCUUUUGGACAGAAGAGAGACUCAAUUGAUUGUACAAAUGAACUAGAGUUAAGGGAUGCAGAAUCCCACAAGUUUAUUUAUAAUAAAUGUGAUGACAGUGAGCAAAAUAAAUUAGUUCGUCAUAGUUUUUCUCAACAUUUAUUAGUUUCUUUGCAUUUGGGAGAGGAAUUUGAGCAUGAUUUUUUCAUGGAUAUCACCUUCACAGCGGUUAAAAACACUGGAUGUGAAGGGGUUACAAAAACCCUUAAUGCUUCUCAAGAGGAAAAAACAUUUGAAUGGAUGUUCAAGAAUUCGGAUUGCACCUGGAAGAUAGCUGCGCCCUCGUAUGAGUAUAAGAGUGUUGAAGUAAAAGUUGUUGAGCUCUCAUUAAAUCCUAACGGAAUUCUGCAAUGUGGAACUCAACUGUUGCUGUCAAAUAGUAAGUACUUCCAUUAUUCCGACUCUCAUACUUUAAACUGUGACUCCCAAAACAUCCCGUAUGUUUUCACUAGUGAAAGGCAGUUUGUAUAUGUUCGAGUCAAACAUAUUCAUCAUAGUGGAAGUGAUUCCCAAGGUCUUGGAUUCAGAUUGGAAUAUCGUGCAUUAGGAUACGAGUCAAAUGACUCCUCUGACUCCUCUUCAAUAAAAAAAAUAAUUGGUGGUGUUACUGGAGUCGCCAUGGUCUUGCUUAUUUUCACAUGUGUAUGCGUAUGCAUCGUGAAAAGACGUAAGGCUAAACGAGAACAGAGGUUGCAAGAGAGACAGAAUCGUAACAUCACAACAAUAAGCACAAAUGAUAACUUUUCCACUGGACUCGCACCAUUCACCAAUAUUGUUCCAUACAGCGCAGCUGCAACAAGAACUUAUGUUUCUCGUGAACACUUUCAGGAAGAACAAUUCCCAGAACACCAACAAUACUCAGGAGCUCGUUUUCAGGAAGAACAAUCAGAUGAAGCACAUCCCUUGCAACCUAAUCCGUAUUCAGAAGCUCCACCAAGCUAUGAAGAAGCAACGGAGAGAGAUAGCCAUAACCCAUCUGUCUGGAGCAGUGCUGCAAACAGUCACAGAGAAAUAAUGAAUGAAGGGCCGCCACCUGAGUACAGUCCUUACAUGCCUGGAGGUCCUUUAGACCUCCAACAUCACCAGACUGAAGUUUAAUGUUGGUAUUGAAAUGCAUAUUUGGAAAUGUUGCACCAAAAAGUGAUAAUUUCAUUUUCAGUGAUUCCAGUAGUUCAUAGUACCGUAUUGAUGGAAGGAUCACAUUGCAUCUCAAUUUUUUACUCUCCAGGAGGUUUUUUGUAUUCUAAUUUUUUUUUCUACUAAAUGAACAUUUUUAUGAGCUAAUUGUCCUACGUUGGCCGAGGUGAGAAGUGCCAAAUGAUUUAAAACUAAUGUUAGUUUAACCUUUGUCUUAUCGAAACCAUGUUUACCAAGAGUAAUUGUUUUUUUAGCACUUCGGCCAGGAAAGGGUAGAAAACUUAAAAUGGGUACUAUUUCUAUACUCAGUCAUUUAAGAUCAACAAUUUUUUUUUUUACUGUACCCCCCAGUCCACUUUUCCUGUUUUGCUGCAUGUGAAGUCUUUUUGAUAGCCUACUUUUUUCUUAUUUAUGAUUGAACAAUACGUGUUUCAUGCUCAUUAUCUUCUUCAUCAUCAGCAUCAUCAUUAUCGUUAUUGUUGUCUCUACAAUACAUGUAUGUGCCAUACAAGAGCAUUCCAACAAAAUACAAUAGUGUAGUUUUGGCAACAAUAUGCUUGCGUA